AUGGCGUCUUCCGAUCCUAGCCAGGCUUCAGGUCUGGCAGAUGGCUUGGUCCCCUCUCACACCUACGUGCCUAACCAAGGGUAUCUGAACGCUGAUGGCACGACCCCCACUAUGGCGGGGCAAGAUCCUUCGGCGCAGGAGGACAAUGAGGACAACGACGAAUAUUACGAUGACAUUUUCGAAGAAGAAGUGGACGAUGAAGAAUUUGCCGCAGCGAACCCGGCCGAUCUGACAAAAGCCUACAACCGCCAGCGCAAGCUCAACGACCUCUCCGCCGAUCCUAACGCGCCGAAAUGGACCUACCCGAAGACGAACUCGCAGAAGCCGACCGUCAACACACAUGCGUCGGUGGAUGAUGAAAUGAAGACGUUGACGCGCCAUGCAAACAAGAUCAAGCUGAACGAUGUGCAAUCUGGACUGGCGGUUCGUGGCGAGCGUGGUGCUGACAAGGCCGACCGGGCCACCUCGGAGCAGGUGCUUGACCCGCGCACGCGAAUGAUCCUGCUCCAGAUGAUCAACCGCAAUGUUGUGUCGGAGAUCCACGGGUGCUUGUCCACGGGCAAGGAAGCCAACGUAUACUACUCGCUACUCUUCCCCGGCGACGACGCCGCGCCUCUACACCGUGCCAUCAAGGUCUACAAGACGAGUAUUUUGGUCUUCAAGGACCGAGACAAGUAUGUGACUGGAGAGUUCCGAUUCAGAUCGGGAUAUAGCAAGAGCAACAACCGAGCCAUGGUGAAACUGUGGGCUGAAAAGGAAAUGCGUAACCUGCGCAGAAUCUAUUCAGCCGGUAUUCCUUGCCCGGAACCCAUCCAACUCCGACUUCACGUCCUCGUGAUGGGUUUCCUUGGAAACUCGAAGGGUGUUGCUGCACCGCGACUAAAGGACGUCGAGUUCGACGUUCCCAACCCGGAGGGCAAGUGGCGGGAGGUCUACGUGGAACUGCUCAGCUACAUGCGUGUGAUGUACCAGACCUGCCGACUGGUUCAUGCCGAUCUGAGUGAGUACAAUAUGCUUUACCACAAGAACAAACUGCACAUCAUCGACGUCAGUCAGAGUGUAGAGCACGACCACCCUCGCAGUUUGGAGUUCCUGCGUAUGGACAUCAAGAACGUCAACGAUUUCUUCCGUCGCAAGAGUGUCGAUGUCCUUUCUGAACGAACCAUUUUCGAGUUCAUCAUCUCCGCCACCGGCCCUACCACGCUAGAGCCGCGCGAGCCUUUGCUCGAAGCCGUUGAGAAGCUGUACACAAAAGCAGAGACGCAGGACGACGAGCAACAAACCGCUGCAGAACGCGAAGUAGAUACCGCUGUUUUCCGCCAACAAUAUAUCCCCCAGACGUUGGAACAGGUAUAUGACUUUGAGCGAGAUGCCGCGAAGGUCCACGCGGGUGAGGGUUCCGACCUGGUAUACCGAGAUCUUCUCGCAGACGAAAAGGCGACUACUUCUGCUGCCGACAAGCAUGACAGCGAGGCCGACUCUGACGCCAGUGGUGGCAUUUCCGUUGAUGGCUCCAACUCCGACGAUGAAGACGAGGAGAGAGACCCGUUUGAGCAGAAGGCUCCGCGGGGACGACGCUUCGAGGAUAAGGAUGAGAAACGCGAUCACAAACAGAAGGUCAAGGAGGAGAAACGCGAGAAGCGAGCUAAUAAAAUGCCAAAGCAUAUGAAGAAGCGUCUUGUUUCGGGUUCCACGAGGAAGAAGAAAUAA